AGAUAUUUUUAGCUGAUGUUUUUAAAAUCAUCUAUAAGUUUUUUGAAAUAGAUCGUAAUGAAGUUUUCUUCUCUACAGUUGUGUUAGCAAAAGUUGUUGAAGAAUGAUGAUUAAUUAUAUUAUUAUAAAUACUAUUUCUAGAUCUCUAUAUAAUAUAUACUAUUUUUAUGUAAGGAAAUUCAGAAAUGUUUUGAUAAAAAAUUUAAUAUGGCAUUAGAUUUUAAGGGUAAAGUAGUUAUUGUGACUGGAGCUGCAAGAGGUAUUGGUAAAGAGUAUUGUAAUUACUUUGCUGAUAAAGGAGCUAAAGUUGUUGUUAAUAAUAGAUGCAAAAAGGAUAGUGAUAAUUAUAUAUUGGUGAAUGAAGUAAAUAUGUUGUAAAUAGUUAGAUUGUAAGAAAUAUUAAUUUAAAUGGAGGAAUAGCCAUAGCUAAUUAUGAUGAUAUUUUAGAUGGGGAUCUGAUAAUUAAAUAAGCGAUUGAUAAUUUUGAUAGGAUCGAUAUUUUGAUUAAUAAUGCUGGGAUAAUUAAAGACAAUGUUUUUGCUAAGAUGACUAAAGAGGAUUAUGAGGAUGUUGUGGAUGUUCAUUUAAAUGGGACAUAUAAAUGUUGUAAGGCAGCAUGGCCAUACAUGAUUAAAUAGAGAUAUGGAAAAAUAAUAAAUACAAUUAGUGGCUCUGGUUUAUAUGGUUAAGUUGGAUAGGCUAAUUAUGCCACUGCAAAAUCUGCCAUUAUUGGAUUUUCUUUUAGUCUUGCUAAAGAAGGGGAAGAAUUUAAUAUUAGAACUAACAUAUUAUCACCUGUUGCUGCCUCUAGAAUGACUGAAACUAUUUUACCUUAAGAUAUGCUUGAAGGUAUCAAUCCUAAUAAUGUGGCUCCACUUGUGGCUUAUUUAUGUAGUGAUGAUUGUUAAGAAAAUGGUGCAAUAUAUGAAUGCUCUGGAGGAUUCAUAAGUAGAGUCAGAUUAAAUAAAGAGCCUAUCGAUUUUCUUUAAUGGUCAAAAUUAUGACAAUAACAAUAUUAUUUAGAA